AUGACUAAAUCGGACAGAGUGUGUUCUGAGCACUUUUUACCAACAGAGUGGUCAGCUUUCUAUGAAACCAAAUUACCUGAUGGGACUGUACACAGAAUUAAAAGAGGGAGAGCUAUCCUCAACCCUGGAGUAACGCCUAGUAUAUUUAAAGACUACCCUAGUUAUUAUCAAAAACACAAAAGUGAACGUAAACCCCCAACAACAAGUGCAACUGAUAAUGUUCAGUUUCAAUCUGCUCCUGAGAUCACCCCAUCUGAUGAUUGCACUACCUUUGAAACCCCUAGUUGUGACACUAAUCACACAACCACAGACCCUGAGAUCCCUUGUACAAAUGAAGUAUGGGAUUUACUAAAAAAUAUCCAAAUGCCACUAGGCUGGAUUGUGACAAGAAAUGUUGAAAACGCAUCUUGUCUUCUUGCUCACAUGAGUAGUGAGCAGGUCACAGAUAAGAAUAGCUAUAAUUUUACCAUGGACAAAUAUAUCAAUUUCCUAUCUAAUCCACCUAACUUCUGUGAAGUUAAAAUACAAGGAGUUCUCUAUCCAACAGUUACAUCAAUUGUUAAAACUGAAGAAGAUGUAAGAAAUUUACUUUCACUGGUAGACUCUUUAAGGGUUUGUGGUGGCACUGGAAAUGGUAAUAAAUUGUUUAGCAAGGGGUGCACUGGAGCUCUUUACCCCAAGAGUAAUUUCGAAAGAUGUGCAUUUUGUCAUGCUGAGAAGGAUAGAUUGAGACAGAAAGAAAAGCGUGCUGAGAAAGUAGAAGAGCGGAAAGAGAAAAAAAAGAAAAAAAUAGCUAGUACUAUGAAGUCACUUCGUAAAUCUAAGGCAAGAUUAAUACUCAAGGUAAAUGCACUUUACAUUUAAAGUAUCCAAAAAAAAAUGAAGUGUUAUAAAUAGAUGAACUAAUUUAGUGUUUCUCUAAUAGGUACAAAAAUUACAAAGGGAUUUGCAAAAUAGUCAGGAACAGUGUAAAGCUGUUAAGGCAGAGGCACUUGAGAAAGCCAUUGCUGAUUUGCCCCCUGCUCAGCAGGAGGCUGUCAGGGCUUGCUUUAAUGCGGCAAAAAAAAAAAGGUGUGUGUGGCAGACGUUACAGUAUCCACUGGGUUUAUGAAUGUCUUCUGAUGCGAGUCAAGAGUCCUCGUUUGUAUGACCACAUAAGGGACAAUGAUAUUCUUGCCCUACCCUGCCACUCUACUU